AUGAUUUUUGCUCUGACAACUCUACUAUCAGUGGUGGGACUGGUCACCAGUAACGGAGAAACCCACAACAAGAUCCUCAACUUCCCCACAGCCAGCACAGCAAACUACAUCAGCUUCAACCCUGACCUUCCUGAGCUGACUGGACUGACCGUAUGCGCUUGGAAGAAGAACAGCUUCCUGGAAAGGAAAACAGGUAGAUACUGGUUCAGCUACGCAGUAUCAGAAUCCGACAAUGAGAUCAUCGUGGGCGACUCCGCGUUCUACGUGAAGUCAGCUUACGUUUACAGUCAGGUGCCACUAACUGACCAGUGGGUCCACAACUGUGCAACCUGGGAUUCAGAGUGUGGAGUAGCUGUCAUCAGUAUCGACGGAGAAGCAGCAGCGACUCAAGAGAACCUUAAGAAGGGUGAAAGUUUGAGGGCAGGAGGUAACCUGGUUAUCGGACAGGAGCAGGACAGUGUUGGAGGAGGGUUCGACGCAGACCAAGCCUACGUUGGUGAGCUCUACAACAUAAACGUGUGGGACUAUGCCCUUGACUCUACAGACGUGGCUUCUCUCUACCAGGCGGGUCUUUGUGGAUACGGCUCUACUGAGGAGGACCCCGUCAUCUCUUACGCUGAUAUUCUGGCCCAGGAACUGGUAGGGGAUGUAACCGUCGUUGAUGGGGCCUGCGCUGACAUUGAAGUUCCAUGUCAGGAGUACAAAGAAGAAUGCUGGGAGACAGAAGAGAAGAUCAAGUACACAGACGGAGGAAAGUUGGGCUAUAUUGUGGGAACCGUGGACCAAGCCAAGGCAGCGUGUAAUGCUCACGGUGAGUGUAAGACUUUGACUUGUCUCGAGAAAAAAGGUAAGAUGAGAUGCGAGUUGAGGUCUUCGUUUGAGAAAGCAAAGAAGGACAAGAAGAAGACAUCGUAUACUUACAGAUGCUAAACCAUUGCAGUAUAGCUGGGGAUGUAGUUUAUGUUUUA